AUGUUUCUUAUCAUAGAUCCAUGUGCAUUUAAACCUGUGUGUUCUGUGAAGAACCAGACUACAGAUGACGUCAGAGACGUGGUAUAAAAGCAGAGGAGACACAGACACACUCAGAACCUCAGAUCUGCUGCCCUCCUCAGACACAGGCACUGAGCAUGCUGUGGACUCUCUUGUUCAGCUGCAGCUUUUAUCUGCACAGUGCUCUGGUUUCUGCUCAAGGAAUAUCCAGAGAUGGAGAGAUUAUCAAACAGAUUAAAGGCACAAACCAGGAGCUUGCUGAAAUCAAAGAACUACUGAAGCAACAGAUACAGGAAAUUGUUUUCCUGAAGAACACGGUUAUGGAGUGUGAAGCCUGUGGCAUGCGACCAGUAGAUCCACAGCCUUUAUGUGAUCCGAACCCCUGCCACGCUGGUGUGGAAUGCAUUAUGACACCCAGUGGCAUCAAGUGUGGCCCAUGCCCGGUGGGCAUGACAGGAAAUGGAACUCACUGUACUGAUGUUGAUGAGUGUGCUGUAAUGCCAUGUCACAUGGGGGUGAGAUGCAUUAACACAUCACCUGGUUUUCGCUGUGGCCCCUGUCCAGCUGGGUACAUUGGCCCCCAGGUGCAGGGGGUCGGACUUGCCUAUGCAUCUGCCAAUAAGCAGGUCUGCACAGACAAUAAUGAGUGUGAAAACUCAAAUGGAGGCUGCGUGGAGAACUCCAACUGCAUCAACACACCAGGCUCUUUUCGUUGUGGUAGCUGUAAGACUGGUUUUGUUGGGGAUCAGGCGAAAGGCUGCAAACCUGAGCGGGCUUGUGGUAAUGGUCAGCCCAAUCCUUGCCAUGCCAGCGCAGAAUGCAUUGUUCACCGUGAUGGACAGAUUGAAUGUGCAUGUGGAGUUGGGUGGGCUGGGAAUGGAUACUUCUGUGGAAUAGACACUGAUAUUGAUGGCUUUCCUGAUGAAAAGUUGGAAUGUGCGGAAAGAAACUGUGCAAAGGACAAUUGCCUCACUGUUCCAAACUCCGGCCAAGAAGAUGCAGACAAAGAUAACAUCGGUGAUGCAUGUGAUGAUGAUGCAGAUGGAGAUGGGAUCCUAAACACAGAGGACAACUGUGUGCUCGUCCCCAAUGUCAAUCAGAAGAAUAUUGAUCAGGAUGAUUAUGGAGACGCUUGUGAUAAUUGCCGUCUGAUGAAAAACAAUGACCAGAAGGACACAGAUGGUGAUGGUCAGGGUGAUGAAUGUGAUGAUGACAUUGACGGGGAUGGAAUAAAAAAUGAUGAGGAUAACUGCAAAAAGGUGCCAAACCGUGACCAGAAAGAUAGAGAUGGUGAUAAUGUUGGUGACGCUUGUGACAGCUGUCCCUAUGUCCGCAACCCUGAUCAGACGGAUGUGGAUAAUGAUUUAAUUGGCGAUCCUUGUGACACCAACAAAGACAGUGAUGGAGAUGGACAUCAGGACACUCGAGACAACUGUCCUGCAGUUAUCAACAGCUCCCAGCUAGACACAGACAAGGAUGGCAUUGGAGAUGAAUGUGAUGAUGAUGAUGACAACGAUGGCAUUCCUGAUCUCCUUCCACCUGGUCCAGACAACUGUCGUCUGAUUCCAAACCCACUGCAGGAGGACUUUGAUGGUGAUGGGAUUGGCAACGUUUGUGAGAAUGACUUUGACAAUGACACAUAUAGCGACAGCAUUGACGUUUGUCCUGAGAAUGCUGAGGUCACUCUCACCGACUUCAGAACCUAUCAGACUGUAGUUCUAGAUCCAGAGGGUGAUGCGCAAAUCGAUCCAAACUGGGUGGUGCUUAAUCAGGGAAGAGAGAUUGUUCAGACCAUGAACAGUGACCCUGGACUCGCUGUAGGCUACACAGCAUUUAAUGGUGUGGACUUCGAAGGGACGUUUCAUGUGAAUACUGAGACAGAUGAUGACUAUGCAGGCUUUAUCUUUGGCUAUCAGGACAGCUCGAGCUUCUACGUGGUAAUGUGGAAGCAAAUCGAGCAGAUUUACUGGCAAGCCAACCCUUUCCGAGCUGUAGCUGAGCCUGGUAUCCAACUAAAGGCAGUGAAAUCAGACACAGGGCCUGGAGAGAACUUGCGGAAUUCACUCUGGCACACAGGUGACUCAACUAACCAGGUGAAACUCUUGUGGAAAGAUUCCAGGAAUGUUGGCUGGAAAGACAAGACUUCUUAUCGCUGGUUCCUGCAGCACAGACCCCAAGAAGGAUAUAUUAGGGUUCGGUUCUAUGAAGGUCAGCAGAUGGUGGCAGACACAGGAAUUAUUAUUGACACAACCAUGAGAGGAGGCAGACUGGGAGUUUUCUGCUUCUCCCAGGAGAACAUCAUCUGGGCCAAUCUGCGCUACAGAUGCAACGAUACAAUCCCAGAGGACUUUGAGACAUUCAGAGCCCAGCAAAUCCAGCUUUUUUAGACCCAAACUCAACAUCAGAGUUCUUUUUUACAAGGUUAAUGUGUGUUUGAGUUGUAUAUUUCUGUCAUGUGUGUUAUAUUUUAUACUCAAUUUUUUAUACUUUAUGAACAGUAGACAAGCCUUCUUGAUGACUCUGAUUAGCACUGAGGUCACAAACACCAGAAUUUAAAUAUAUAUAUGUAUUUUAAAAACACGUACAGAAAUACAGGUUACAAAAUAUAAAUGAUAUAACAAGAAGGCUCUGAUAUAUGCAGCUGAGACAUCAUGCACAUCCAUAUUUAGCAUUUUUUUUUUUUUCUGAGAAAGGAAAAGGACCAGCAAACGACAAAGACGAAAUCAGUUCCUUCUACAAUCAGUUACCACAAAUAGGAGACAAAGAUGACCACACCAGCACAGCGACUAUAGAAAUGGGCAUCUGGAUAGAUCCAACCCAAUGAAAGCUCUAGACAACCACAAAUUAUAUGUCCUAAUAUACCGUUAAUUCCAAUAAAGAGCGAGCGCUGUUUAUGCUCACAAAAUGAAAGAUCACAAAGAUUUGACGCGCAUUCUGUAAUCUAACACUCUCACGAGUGGCUUGUUUACAAUGUCUUUUAAUACUUCUUAACCUGCCUUAAGUGAAAUGACAGUUGACGAAAUAAAAAAUAUAUCAUCUUUACAGAAAGAAAUCAAUGUAGAUGGCACUUAGUUUAUGCUAAUGUUAUGAAAGGGGAAGGGUUGUUAUACUGGUCAGCGCUAUCCUAUGGGUCACUAUCAUUAUGUUUAUCAAGAAGUACAUCCCAUCUAGUCAACUUUUUAGUCUUAAUGGUACGGACAUGGUAAUCAUGGUAACUAACUGCUCAGCAGUUCUAUUAAGGCUUAAAGGGGAAUUUACGCUAAAGGGGGUUUGCGCUCACACAAAUAAUCAGGACACAAAUUAACAAGUCCAACAUACACAGAAGUGCUGUCAGCUAAAACUGCUCCAAUAAAAUGCCCCAAACAGGCAGUUUGGCUGCAUGCUGCAUGUGCAUCAACAACAGCUUAUUUGACCAAUAAACACAUGCAGUCUGCCCACAUCUCCUAAUGUUUAACAUGGUAAAGCAACAAACAGACUGAGCCCUUUUUUCGGUUUGCAUUGGGAAGUCACAUAUACGCUUCCAGAAUUGUUUUCCCUCUGAAUGAUCAGUGCAAUACAGAGAACACCUUCACAAUAAACUGGGGGAAAAUGCAUGUACAGGGUUGAACAGUCGGCAUUCUCAGAAGAUAAAACAGUCCAAGUUUCAUGAGCAAAGCCAUGGCUGAAGCGCCGAGGAGCAUCAGCCAGAAGAUUUUGAAGAAAUGCACAUAUAUCAGUAUGAAAGCUGCCAUGUCUUCCAGAUUUCUGACAGGAUUUCAAACGGAAACUCAAGAUGCAAGGGCUGAGCAAAUCGACAGGGAGUGGGAAUGACCCAACUGAAGAUAUCAAACAUGCUACAACUGUGAUGAACAGAAAAAUGCUACUGUGACCCAUCAUCCCCCCCCAAAAAAGGCAACAUAACAGAUCAGAAAAGAACAAUAGUGCUUUGGUCAAGCAUUGCCAAGCAGGUCAUUUGGUCAUCAUAACACGGAGCCCCAUAAAUACAUUCUGUUUCUAAACAUGAUCAUAGACAUGGUUAUCAGUGAUAAACCAGUAAAAUGACACCACUAGCAUUAACUAAUACAUGCACUGUGUCUCUGGGGUCUAUAUUGUUUUAUGUGCAGUGAAUCUUUUCACUGGAAUCAGCCAAGCUAAUGAAGACCUCGUUCUCUAUAGGUAUUUUCUCGUUUUGACAUGCACUCGCCAUAUUCUUGUGAUAAGCUUUAUGUACACUAUUUUCAGGAAAAAAGCGUCCGAGACAAACACGUUCAUGGUAAACAUGUGAAAACGAUAGAAGAAAUAUUCUGAAUGGCACAGUUUGAGGAAUAAAAAAACUUAAGUGAGUAUUGCAGUUUUUGUUACGUCUAAUAAACUAGAGUUUAUCCACCAUCUGAGGCAAUCCUUACUUCUCAGCCCUUCAUAUUUCAAAUGAAAAUAUUCCAGAUUGUUAGUUGAUUAACGCUUUUAGUUUGCAUAGGAAUCACAAAUGGGAUUUGCACAGUUUUAAGAGUUAUUUCCUUGAAGGAUACAAAUGUAUCUGGCCAAAAAGGACUAAACUUCAGCAGGUAAUUUAUCCACAGUAGCAUAAAAUUAAUGUUUUUAGACUGACAAAUUAGAUACAGUGGGACCCAAAAGCCUGAAAAUGGAUAAUUUCUUUAAAUAAUUAAAAAAAUCUAUAUCAUCCGCAUAACAGUUUGACUAAAAAAAUAUCAAAUCUCUCAGAAUUUCUGGUAACACUUUACAGUAAGUUUCCAUUUGUUAACAGUUAACAUAAACUAACAAUGAAAAGUACUUCAUGUUAAUUAAAAUGUUGUAUCUGUUAAUAUUUAAUUAAAAUAUUUAAUAAUCAGCUGACAUGAACUAACAAUGAACAGCUGAAUUUUAAGUAACUUUAACAAAGAUUAAUAAAUACUGCAACAACUGUAUUACUCAAUGUUAGUUAAUGCAUUAACAAACAUUAACUAAUGAGACCUUACUGUAAAUUGUUGCCAAAUAAGUAUUUAUUAAUCUUUGUUAACACUAAUUCUUAAAAAUACAACUGGCUCAGAUACAAAUUUUUUUUAAUUUAACUUUUCUUUGUUUGAGAUUCAUUUUUAAAAUCGUACAACUUUCCAGGUUUGAUUGAAAAAAGGGGUGUUUUUUUUAGACCCCACUGCAUAUAGAGAUCAAAACUGUCACUGAAUUGUAAAUGAGUGAUUCCUUAAUUCCUUCUUAUAGCACAGAGGUUUUCAACCUUGCUCCUGGGGACCCACUGUUUAUUUCCAACCUGCUUCAGCACACCUGCCUGUGUGUUUUCGAGCGAUCCCAAAGAGCUCGACUAGCUUUGAUCAGGGAUGGAACUCAACUCUGCAGGACAGCAGGGUUAAAGACCUCUGCUAUAGCACACAGGGCAAAAAACAUCACUUGAUCAAGCUGCGACAGGGCUCGAACAUACAUGUGGGAAUGAAAGCACAGCACAGAAUAAGGAGCAUUACUCUCCCCCUGCCUGAUGAAUGACAUCAUCUUCACACAGAACCUUGAGUUAUGUUUGGCAGUACAAGUACAAACUAUACAGCAUUCAAUACUAAACAAAAUGGCAUUAGUAAAACGAGAAUAUUGAGAGGAAAACACUUCGGAGACGAUUAGAAAAACACGUCGACAGUUAAAAACAGCAUUUUGUUCAUAUAAGGCAAAACCAGGUCCUCUCACAGUGAAGUGUUCAGCAGGAUUCUGCAGCAGCUCUUGGGUCACGUUUACUGACCACUGUUGAAGUGUACAUUACAGCGAUAACAGUAAUCGAAUCUUCAAUUUGAGUAACAUAUGCAAAACAUACAGAAAGUCACAUGACAGUCCACAAAAACACCAAAAUAUGGGUUAUAUUUCUAUCGAGAGACUGCUGUCCUUUUGCUAGAAAAUUUCAUGAAUUACAGGCAAACAUUAAAAAACCAGAAUGAUAACACCAAUUGUGACAUCUUGAGAUGUUUGGAUGUUACAUGAUGUUAGCAAAUUGAAAUGCCAUGGAAGCCAUUUUGUAAAAGCAAACUUUAUGCCUUCCAGUGUACAAUGAGCAACGCUCCCUUCAACCCUCAAUACACAAUCUGGGGGAGUAGUGCUCCUUACAGAAAUAUGAUUCAAUUUUAUAUAUAUAUAUGUAUAUAUAUAUAUAUAUAUAUGUAUAUAUAUAUAUAUA